AUGUUUGGUUCAGUUGACAUUCUUGGGCAAUCAUAUAGAAGCCCAUUUAUGUCCCAGUCAGUUGCUGGACAGACCCGCAACGCUAGUAACGAUCCUUCUGCUCCCCAGAUCUUUGGUAGCACAACCCCAUUUGGUCCACAAACAGGGAGUCCCAUAUUUGGGGUCACUUCGAAUGGUGUGUCAGCUGCAGCCCAAUCUUCUAAACCCUUUCCUUCCUCCACGACAUUCGGUGCCUCAUUCUCAACAGAUUUUGGAAAUACAAUGUCUACUUUUGGAGCAUCUUCUACUCCUGCAUUCAGUAGUUCAUCGUCGCCCUCAAUUGUUGGUUUCUGGUUGUUUGUUCCCUUUGGUUCAACAUGCACCCCAGCCUUUGGUUCUGACGGCAUGCCAGCUUUUGGUGCUACAAGCAUCCCGGCCUUUGGUGGUACAAGCCCUUUUGGAAGCACAACUCAACCAUCACAUCCAGCAUUUGGGAGCAGUAUAUUUGGUUCCUCCACGCCAUUUGGUGGAUCAAGUCAGCCACCCUUUGGUGCUACAAGUAGUGCAGCGCUUCGUUCCACAACAAGUUUUCCAUUUAGAAGCACAGAAGCUGCCACUGGGGUUUCAAGUUCCCCCGGAAUUGGAACUGGGCUAGGAUUUUAUAUUUCAAGUACCCCAGCUUCUGGUUCGUCUAAGUCCACUUUUGGUGCUUCAAGCAAUCCUACUUCUGCUGCUUCAAGUACCCCUGGAUUGCCGUGUGGAAGCACAGAAGCUGCCACUGGGGUGUCAAGUUUCCCCUCGGUUGGAUGUGGGCAUGGAUUUUAUGUUUCAAGUACCCCAGCUUCUUGUUCCUCUAGCUCCCCUUUUCGCACUUCAAGCAAUCCUACUUCUGCUGCUUCAAAUACCCCUGGAUUUACGUGUGGAUGCACAACUGCCACUGGGAUUUCAAGUUUCUCCUCGGUUGGAUUUCAGCAUGGACUUUAUGUUUCAAGUACCCCAGUUUCUGGUUCCUCUAGCUCCACUUUUGGUACUUCAAGCAAUCCUACUUCUGCUGUUUCAAUUACCCCUGGAUUUGGAAGCACAACUCAACCAUCACAUCCAACAUUUGGGAGCAGUAUAUUUGGUUCCUCCACGCCAUUUGGUGGAUCAAGUCAGCCACCCUUUGGUGCUACAAGUAGUGCAGCGCUUCGUUCCACAACAAGUUUUCCAUUUAGAAGCACAGAAGCUGCCACUGGGGUUUCAAGUUUCCCCUCGGUUGGAUCUGGGCAUGGAUUUUAUGUUUCAAGUACCCCAGCUUCUUGUUCCUCUUGCAGUACUCCAGCUUCUGGUUCCUCUAGGUCCCCUUUUGGUACUUCAAGCAAUCCUACUUCUGCUGUUUCAAAUACCCCUGGAUUUGGUUCUUUAAGUACUCCAUCUUUCACCUUUUCAUUCCUUCCUUCUUUUUGGAAAUCAACUUCUACAUUUCCUAGCAGCCAAUUUGAUCCUUCAUGUCCUUCUGGAGCGCAGAGUUCUCCAUUUGGAGCUCAAUCAAAAACAUUUGGAAACACUGCCUUCGGGAUAUCAGCUUCUGGGGCCCAACUUUGGGGAAGUAAAGUUCCUCCUUACACAACAACAACUGAACCAGAUGACUAUGUUGGUCUAGAAACUAGGGGAGACAUCCAGUCAAUAUCGGCGAUGCCGAUUUAUAGAGACAAAACUCACGAGGAACUGAGAUGGCAGGAUUAUCAAUUGGGGGAUAGAGGUGGACAUGUUCCUGCUGGAGGGAGUUGUUUUCCCUUGUCGACCUCAAACAUUUUGAAUCCUGCACCAACAUUUGCUCUAACAUCUUCAAGUCUUUUUAAUACCUCAACUCCAUCGAAUAUAUUUGCUCCACAAAUUCCAUCCUUUAGUUUUAGAGGCUCUAGGACCUCAUCUAUACCAAUCACUUCAUCAACUUUUCCUCUCUCAACUUCACCCAAUCUUUUCACAACUUCAUCAUCAUCUCCUUCAGUAUUCAGACAAGCUUCAUCUCCAUCUCUUUUUAGUUCAUCAGACCCAUCUAUAUUGGCAUUUCCUGCUCCAGCUCCAAGAACAGAUUUGACAUCUAAUUCUGGCCUGUUCAAUUCUCCAUUUGGAGUUCAAUCAACAACAUGUGGAAACACUGCCUGUGGGACAUCAGCUUCCGGGGGCCAAUUUGGGGGAAGUAGAGUGGCGCCUUACACUAAAACAGCUGGACCAGAUUGUGGUUCAUUAAGUGGGUUAUACCAAUCAAUAUGUGGGAUGCGGAUUUAUGGAGACAAAAGUCAUGAGGAACUGAGAUGGCAGGAUUAUCAACUAGGGGAUAGAGGUGGACGGGCUCUUGUUGGUGGGAACUGCUUUGACCUGUCUACCACCCAGUCAAACGUUUUGAAUCCUGCUCCAGCAUUUAUUCAAACUUCUUCGAGUCGUUUGAAUACCUCAACUCUAACUAAUAGAUUUGCUCCACAAAUUCCAGCCUUUACUCCUACAGCCUUUGGAUCCUCAUUUACACCAUUGAUUUCACCCAAUAUUUUUAUACCUUCAGCAUCAUCUUUUUCUGUACCUGGACAAAUUUCAUCUCCGUCUCUUUUUAGUUCAUCAGUCACACCCACAUCUAUGUUUGCAUUUCCUGCUCCAGCUCCAACAACUUCCCCAUUUAAUUCCAGCCCAAUCAAUCCUAUAUCUUCUAUUGCACAAACAGGUGGUACUGCUGGACUAACUACCACUUCCUCUGGUGGGCUGUUUACAAUUCCCUCUGGUAAUACACAUAUAUCCCAUGAAGAGAGGUUUCCAUUAGAGGAAAAAAGGAGGUUGAGCAUUAUGAUUGCAAGGUCUAAUCGGAAGAAAAAUGGUCAAAACUCCCCUUCUUCUUCUGUCCUUUCGUGGCCAUAG